UGUAAUCACGAAUUUUCCAAAGACUUGAGUUGACUUCUUCUCUCUCUCUCUUUCUCCACUCACUAUGUUUUCUUUUCCCUUUAAAUACCUUCAAGCUUAGCUUAGCUUCAUCACAUUUUCUUCUCCUUUGUUUGGUUCACUUUAUCUUCAAGCUUAGUUUAGCUUCAUCACACUUUCCAUUCCUUUGUUUAGUUCACUUUAUCUUAUCGUUUAUAGCUGCACCGCAAAGUCAUCAAUGAAUAAAAUAGUGCUGCAAGUGGAUGUACAUGAUGACAAAACAAAGAAAAAAGCCAUGAAGGCAAUCUCUAAUAUUUCAGGUGUUGAGUCAGUGUCUAUGGAUUUGAAGGAGCAGAAAUUAACCUUAACUGGAGACAUAGAUCCUGUGCAUGUCGUAGGGAAGUUGAGGAAGUUAUGUAAUCCUAAGAUACUAUCUGUUGGAGCAGCAAAGGAGCCUAAGAAAGAAGAGAAAAAGAAGGUCACAGAAGAGAAAAAGGAAGAAAAGAAAAACUCAACAGCUGGUAUUAAUGUGAAUGUUUGUGAAGCAUAUCAUUAUCCUGUGAAUAUGAUGAGACAACCACAUUACUAUUACUCUAGUGUGGAAGAGAAUCCUAAUGCAUGUGUUAUCUCCUAAGUUUUACAUUAAUUGGAAAAAUGUAUCUCUCUACUUCUUCUUUUCAUGAGAUAUUAAAAAAAAAUACAUAGAUAUUGAUGGAUGGAUUAAAAAUUGAUGAGAACGUGCAGUGAUGAAGAGUGUGGUCCUAAGAGUGAUGAAGAGCUAGUUAAUAUGAUAUAGUAUUGCUGGCUUCAUGCUUGAAGGCUUAAUUUCUCUGUAUAAGGACAAAAAGAGGACAUGAUUAUGAACAUUACAUUUUGUUUUUAAUAAAUAAGAGUAUUUCAAUAUUAAUGUUGACUCUUCUUCUUCAUCAGUAGAUAGUAGAUGACAAUGAUCUGAUUAGUUGGGAUCUGUCAUGCUUAUUUAAAUGAAAUCAUUCCAUUAA